UCAAAAGGAUAGUGAGGAGUCCAAUGUAGAGACAUUGCUGGCAGCCUACUUGUCGUAUCCUACAUUUAUUGUGUUUCCGGCGCCGCAGAAGCUUUUUGGAGCGUUAUUCUUAUGAAUUACACACAAAGCAGGAGGCGUCUCUUUACGUUUAGUUGUAUCAUCUGUGUUGAGAGGACGAUGCCUUUGAGGACCGGACUUUUUCUCCUGAUGGUGCUGAACGCAUCUGCAUAUGAACUGGAUCAAAACGAGUCUUAUUCGCCCAGGAGAGCACGCUUUUCUGCCAAUAGCCCUUCAGAUGUGGCACGCUGUCUCAACAGUGCCCUCCAAGUUGGCUGCGGAGCCUUCGCCUGCCUGGAAAACUCAACUUGUGACACAGAUGGCAUGCAUGACAUCUGCAAGUCCUUCUUAUACAGUGCUGCUAAAUUUGACACUCAGGGUAAAGCAUUUGUGAAGGAGAGCCUUAAGUGCAUUGCCAAUGGCAUCACCUCGAAGGCAUUCCCCACCAUCCGCCGCUGCUCCACCUUCCAAAGAAUGAUAUCUGAGGUCCAAGAGGAGUGUUACAGCAAGCUGGAUAUCUGCACUGUUGCCCGAUCUAAUCCAGAUGCUAUUGGUGAAGUGGCACAGCUGCCAAGUCACUUCCCCAAUAGGUUUUAUGGUAAGCUGCUUCAAAGCCUGAUGGACUGUGAUGAGGACACGGUGGACCGCGUUAGGACCAGCAUGGUGUCGCGGCUGGGCCCAGAGAUGACCAUGCUUAUUCAGCUGCUGCAGAACAAGCCCUGCCCAUCCACUGCUGUGGCUGCAGCUGCCGCCAUCCCAACUGGAGUGGAGGGCCGUGGGAGCUGGCGCUGGUCCAUGGGUCCCCAUAUGUACAAGAUCCAGCCUAAUCUGCGAAACAGAGACUCUGCCAGUCAUUUUGGCAAAAAGCGCUCUGCCAGUGACAGCUCCUAACUUCCACUCAAAAUUCAAAAAAAAAAAAAAAAAAAAAACUCCACACACUCCUCAAAACAUCACAAAAGCUCCUCUAUUCCCUAGGGGUGAUAAAAUCCAUUCCUCCGCUAGACUGGAAGUCACAGAAAUAUGCCCCUCUAGGGAAUGCCGGAACGCCCAUAGAGUUGAUAUCAGAGUUUGAUUGUUGUUAUAUUGUAUAUCCUACACUUUAGGCUUGAGAGAAACCCCCCUUUCCAUCGACUGUUUUCAAACGUGUCUGCUCACAGUUAGUGUUGAACAUGUGGCUGUUGCAUCUGUGCAACAUGGUCCUGUUCACUCCUCUUCACCUCCUCCAGCAGAGAUGAAUCCUUAAGAAGUCUUUUGAUGCCAAGCAAAAAAAAAAAAAAAGGAAAAAAAAAGAAAAAACAGCCAUGGUGGUUCACGCCUCUAGAGUCAGUACUUUCAAAAAAAAAAAAAAAAACACAAUCUCAUAAUCCAGAUACUUGUUCAUGAAUAGAAAUCAGUAGUUGGAUUAUUAUUAGUUCAUUGAUAGGAAUGGGAAAAUUAUUGGUAGACGAUGUAUCUAAUAUUUCAGCAAUGAGAUCAGUCUAAUUGUGAGCAUGAGAUGUGGAAAUGAGUUUCAUAUAUAUUUUCUGACACUAACAUAACACUUAAAUGUACUGUAUACGAAGUUAUCUGAGACAGCCAUAGCAAGCCCUCUAAAAGAGAGUGCUCAUACGGAGUGAGGUCUGUAGAGGUUUCACGAUAACCUUUGAGAGGUUACCUUAAACUGACCAAAAAACUUCAAACUGCCCUGAAUGCUAUUCAUGAAAUACCAAAAUAGUGUAUAGCUAUAGCACUUAUAAUUUUUUUGUUUUUUUGUUUUUUUUUAGCUUUUUUUCUGAUGUUAGAUGUAGUCAUGGUCAUGUGUUUUAAAUCGUCAUCCUGCACAUAAGGAUUGUCCAGGUCAUGGCCAAGUCUAUCUAUCAGAAGAAAAAAAAUCCAUUUUGCAUAUCUUGUAUCCAGACACUUGUAAUGCAUAAGACUGUUGAGCUCUACAGUAUAUGUGGGACCAUGUUUAGUGGAAUCUGUAUCCAUGUUCUUAACUGAGUGCGAAGCCGUCGUGUAUGUGCAGUAGCUGAUUAGCACAUUCACCGAUGAGACUGAGAGCAGCCAUCUUUCUUGGACUGAUGAUCAUCAUUCUCUGAGGUGAAACACGUGACAUACACACUGGCUUCCAGUGUCAAGAUUGAGAAUGACUAUUUAAAAAAAAAAAACAAAAAGCCUUGUUGGAAUGAUAUUUAUUUUCCUACUAUAUUAUUUAAUGUUUUUUUUAUUAUUUUAAUGCAUUAUUGUAGUUUUAAUUAGUUUACAGGUUUAAAAAGCAGUUCAGUCAUGGCUCCUAUUUGAACAUGAGCUCUAUGCCAAAAAAAAAAAAACAAACAAAAAAAAAAGAAAGAAAAAAGUGAGCUGACACUCUGGUGACUGAAUGGGACCCAUGUCAUGACUCUGUGCUGGCCAUAGGGGAACAAGGUUGGUCAUUCAAGUCAGGUGAUCUACUUUAUGGGUGUUACAAGGGACCACAACAAAACAAUAGCUUAAUUUUGACACACUUUCUGGUUUGAAAAUAAGGUCGUCAUUGCAGCUGCUAGAUGUGCUCGUUCAGGGCUGGGGUUUCGUGCACGUUGUUGAAGACUGAGCAGGUAUAAUGACAGUAAAACAAACACCAGCAUCAAGUACCCCCGUAGUGAUGUUUUUUGAUGGUUCUGCACUAGUUGUCGGUGCUUCUUCUUGCAUAGGGUGAAAUCAAUUUUCCUUAAGAUGGCUGGCUACAUGCAGACAAAUUCUAAUUGUACUUAAUGUGUAGUAGUAUCUUUAUUCCAUGCAUUUCUCUUGUGUUAUUAUUUAUUGUCUAUGUUGGUAGUAGUAGAGAAAAGAUGACAUAGCAGUACAGUGUAUUUUGUUUGUAUUGGCUUCAGUUCUUGGUCGCAAACUCUUGAAAACUUGGUUAUAAAUCUUAAGUAUUUUACUUAUUGUUUCCAUAAAAAUAAAUACUCAUAAGCAACAAUAGUUAUUAUUUAGGAGUUUGCUCAAAAACCCAAAUUAAUCUGCUUCAUCAGGUCUGUGUGGGCGUGGUCUGUCAUCAGUUUCUGAUUCAGCUGUUGUCAAAUGCUUAUUGGUGCAGGAAAAUAUGUGACGUCCAAUUCCAACUGAUCCCCACCCACCUCAAACCUGUGAGAAGAGCACAGACCAAACGGUGCAGACAGAAAUCCUGCGUGUGAAGUAACCAAAACGUUGAUUCACUUAGGGGCCGCGUUACUCAUAGUUAGAAGCUGAUGUUUUCAGCACUUUUUUUUAAGAGAGCGGCCUUGUCCAGGAUGGUGGUGGUGUUCCUACCUAGAGGUCACUCCAAAGAGAGAUGCACAGCUUUUACACUUCUUACAUAUAUACACUUAAACUCUAUAGAACACAAACAAAAUGUAUUUCAUUCAUUAAGCAGUUUCCUUACAUCUAAGAUCCAGACAAUCAGAAUAAUAAGAUUAGUACAGAGUCAUGGUCACUGAAAGGGGUCUUCGUGCUGGUGUUUGUUUUAUAUAAAUAUACCUGGUGGACAGAUGGUUGUUUGGCACCAGUAACUUUAAUGAGUCAGCUUCUGAGUAAAUUGCAAAGCUUUGUGCACAUUGAAAAUGCAAUAUAGAGAUUAACUUAAUCAACCAGGGAUGGGUUCAGUUUGCUGUAGGAAAUUCCUGACUUCAUGAAAGGAACUGAACCCAAUCCUGUUAAAAAAAAAAAAAAAAAAGAAGAAAAGAAAAAAAAAGUGAAUCUAUAUAUUGUCCUGGAUUGAUAAGAGUGAAGCACAGACCAGAAAAAGAGAUGCUUUAUUUUUCAGUGUCAAUUUAAUAGCUAUGUUUAAGAAUUCCAAACUAUGCAAUAAUCUCACACACAAAGGAUUCACAGCAACACAGAAAUUGACCUUUAUUUCAUUCAGUGCCAGCUGAUGCUGUGUGAAUCAAGCAGCAGCAUGUGCGCUCUCAUACUGCACCCACAGUGUGAAGGCAUCGCUCCUCUGUAUCGCUUUUCUGUUUCUGUGGUUUUUGUAAACUGGCGUUUCUUUUGUUCUGUGAAUCUGAUUCUGUUUCUGUUGUGUCAUUUAUUGCGAAAAGGACAGCAGUUCUGAAGGAAUCACUUGGGAAGUUAAGAGCUAUAGUCACACUGUAGUAUAUCCUAGCUUACUAUUUUAUGUUAAAUAUGCACUUUGCAUCUUAACCACUAUAAAGGGCAUUGAAACAUUCAGUACAUGUGCAAUUUGAGACAUGUUUUAUUUACCCAGUGAAUGGAAAUCAGUUUGAAUAUUUCGCAUCCUGAAGGGUCAAGGCUUCUUCAUGUACUAUUGAUACAUAUGUCUGUAUCUUUGUUGUCCAUGGGUAAAUCCAAAACCCAACAGCUGCUGCUAAACUGUUACUUCCCUGUAUGAUGCUGUCCAGAUGCCCGUCUACUGUGGCCACUCUGACCUGCCAACACACAGUGAGCUCAGCAUCAGUCCGCAUUUGCAUUUAAGCAUUUUAAUGUCUAUCCAUGUCUUCAUAUUUAUUUUCUAUGAACAUUCCUCGUGUCAAAUAUAUUUGGCAAGGGCAAAUUGACUGUUCCUUCACCAAGUCAAAUGUAACGGUAAUUUCAGAGAAUGUACCUGUAUACUGAAUGUCUGUUUCGACGAGAACAUGCCCAAGUUAGGUGACCUAUGAAGGCUUUUGGGAAAAAAAAACAAAAACAAAACAAAAAAAAAAAACAAAAACAAAAGAGAGAAAAUAUAAGGCUUUCGAUUUCUUUCUGUUUUCGGUUUUAAUUCAAGUAUAGGGUGCUUAAGGUGGUACUGGAGUAUUGUUAAAUUGACCCAUGGUGACUUUUGUGAAACUGUUUCUCCUGUCAAUACUAGAGACUAAAGACUCCCUCACUUCUGGCACUUCAUGGUACUCUUUCCUCUCAAGACUUGAAAUAGAUUGAUAAAUGUUGUUGUGCUUAAACAAAAUCAAAAAGCUUCAGUGACUAGUAAAGUUUAUUUUGUAUUCAUAUAUAAGUGACAGUUAUUUUACUAUCGGAUUCAAAAAGUUAUCCAGGAUUUAAGGAGAUUACUGAAGUUCCUGAUACAGAUGCUAUGUAACGCAUGAUUGACCCUUGUGAAUCACUUGCACUUUAGAAUAUACCCAUAUACAUAUAUACCCAUACUGUGUAUAUGUUUGGGUUUUUCCUCUGUACUGAAAAGUCAUGAAAGAUACAAAUGCAUCAGUUGUGUGUCUUUUGCUGAUCAGAAAUAAAAUAUUUAUCAUA